CACCUUCUAAAAAUUUGGUUUCGUCGUCGCUUCUUCGCAGCUGCUUCGUCUUCGUCUGCUUUGCUGUGCGUGAAGUUGCGUUUUGAAAGGGAGUCCCGAAGCUUCUUCGCCUCCUUUGACGACGUCGGAUCGGAAGUCUCGACGGGAGCUUGUAGUGAAGUUCAUUGCCCUUCUGCAAUUUGGAUUGGAUUUCAGCGUGUGAAAAUGGUUUCUUUUGAGAUGAAUGACACAAAAAAGAUCGGCAUAGGACUGACUGGGUUUGGAAUCUUUUUCUCAUUUCUUGGAAUCAUUUUCUUCUUUGAUAAGGGGCUCUUAGCCAUGGGGAAUAUCUUGUUCUUAUCAGGAGUGAUGCUAACAAUUGGAUUGAAAUCAACCAUGCAAUUCUUCACUAAACGAAAGAACUACAAGGGUACGGCUUCUUUUGGUGCUGGAUUUUUCCUUGUCCUAAUAGGAUGGCCUAUCUUUGGCAUGAUUUUCGAGACAUAUGGCUUUAUGGUUCUCUUUAGUGGAUUUUGGCCAACCAUAGCCGUUUUCUUGCAGAGGCUUCCAAUUAUUGGCUGGAUAUUCCAGCAGCCGUUUAUAACAUCGCUCUUUGACCGUUACAGAGGUAAGCGAGUACCUGUUUGAGUAGUAGGAGCUGAUACAAGUUUGAUGUGGAACCUCGUGUUAGAAAUUCUGUAAGAAAGCAACAAAAAUUUCGCUGAAUUGAUGAUUUCAUAAGAAUUCAUGUCUUUUGUUCAUCUAUUGUGUAGCUUCUGGAUGCAUUCUGUUGCUUUUUUUUUCUUUUUUUUGACACCCAAAACAGAGGAAUUCUUUGUAAUAUAUCUCUUGUCGAUAUUCAAAUGAAUGUUGAUUCCUCGCUAUAUCAGAGGAAUCUACAUUGUCUUUG